AUGCCUGUGCGGAAGCGUGUCCUCUGGGAUGAAAGCAACCUUGAAGCCAAUGAGGAGUACCGUCGCCAGCACCCCGUAACGAUGCACAUAAGUGAACCAAAGACUCCGUAUGUAUAUACAGAGUUUGACGAGGAGGGGAACUUUGAUGAUGGAUCAAAAGGAGAGGAAGUGGAGGCGAAGAAUAGCACGUGGGACCCGCAGAUAAAUGCGCUUGCACGACAGAUGAAAGAGGGUCUUUCAAAGGAGGUGGAGGGCCCUGUUGCGCCUGUCAGCUCCUCAGGGCGGCCCAUGUUGUCUCCAGACGUUACCAACGGCGAUAUGUUGGCUAAACGGCACGCGACGGAGUUUAAAACAAUGCGCAAAGCUGUAUAUGCAGAUGAAGGGGCAACCUUCAAGAAGUUACUUGCUAGAAAAGAUGAGGACGAUGAUGAGGACGAGGACGAUGAGGAUGAGGAUGAUGAUAAAGGUGAUGAUGAUGGUAAUGAUAGUACUGGUGGCGCCAGUAAGAGCAAAAAAGGGGUUCUCUAA